UUUUUUUUUUGAAGGAGGGGGGGCGUGUCAAUAUUUUGAAGAAAAAUUUGGCAGAGAAGAUAUUUCGAACCGAAGCAUGGAACUAUGGAAGGAGCUUUGGCCAACACGAAAAUCCCCACAUACCAUAUCUCAAUUUUUCUCAUCGCCGUCUCUCCACUGUGUUACUGUGUAGUAACCUUUCAAAUUGCUUAAUAUCAUAAGUUUCUGUAGCUCUGUUGUUUCCUUCGCCGGCGCCAAAAUGCAAAUACUGCCGGUAAAACCCAUAACUCACCCUCCACCGGCACCGCUCCACCAUGGCUCAGACACUGCCCUUCACAAAUCCAGUACCCUUUGCUUUCAAAAACCAGACCCGUCUCACCACCCCCCGUCCCUCUCUCUCCGGUCGGACUUCUCCCAUUUCUCCGUUCUUGACAAACCAGUGAGCUCAAGCACUUAUGCUUCCCUGCUGGACUCUUGCGCUUGCCCAAAUCUUGGUAAACAGAUUCACGCCCACACUCUCAAAACCGGGUUUCGUGGGCACGAGUUUGUGGAGACUAAAUUGCUUCAAAUGUAUGGGAAGUUUGGUGAUUUGGGGAAUGCAGUGUUGGUGUUUGAGAAAAUGCCACAAAGAAACUUGUACUCUUGGACGGCGGUUCUGAGUGUGCAUGUGGGUCGUGGUUUGUUUGAGGAAGCUUUUGCCCUGUUUCGAGAACUGAUGUUUGAGGAUGUUGGGUUGGAUUUCUUUGUGUUUCCCGUAGUGUUGAACAUCUGCAGUGGGCUUGGUACGGUGGAAUUGGGCAGGCAGGUGCAUGGGUUUGUGGUAAAGUAUCGGUUCGUUUCGAAUGUUUAUGUGGGUAAUGCUCUGAUUGAUAUGUAUGGUAAGUGUGGAAGCUUGGAUGAUGCUAAGAAUGUUUUGAGUACGAUGCCGGAAAGAGAUUGUGUUUCUUGGAAUUCUCUUGCUACGGCUUGUGCUGCCAAUGGGAUGGUCUAUGAAGCAUUGGAGUGUCUAGAAAGGAUGUCAGAUUUGGAUAACUCGACGCCUAAUCUGGUUUCUUGGAGUGCAGUCAUUGGUGGGUUCUCACAAAAUGAGUACGAUGAAGAAGCCAUUGAGCUACUAUUCAGAAUGCAACAAACAGGGUUCAAACCAAAUGCUCGAACCCUGGCAAGUGUUCUUCCUGCUUGUGCUCGGUUACAGAGGCUAAGCCUUGGCAAAGAAAUCCACUGCUAUGUCAUAAGACAUGGGUACAUGUCCAAUUCUUUUGUUGUGAAUGGAUUAGUUGAUGUGUACAGGAGAUGUGGCAAAAUGGGAAGUGCCUUCAAGAUCUUUUCGAAGUUCUCUAUCAAAAAUGUCGUCUCGUUUAACACAAUGAUUGCUGGAUACUGCGAGAAUGGGGACAUUUACAAGGCCGAGAAUCUGUUCGAGCGGAUGGAGCUAAGGGGAAUCAAGAGGGAUCUAAUUUCAUGGAAUUCAAUGAUGGCGGGUUAUGUAAAUAACUCCCUCUAUAAUGAGGCUUUGAGCAUUUUUCUAGAUUUGCUCAUGGAAGAAGGGAUUGAAGCUGAUUCUUACACUCUAGGGAGUUCUAUUACCGCUUGUGCUGAUUUGGGUUCUUUGAGACUAGGAAAGAGCAUACACUCCCAAACAAUUGUUAGAGGCCUGCAAUCUAAUCCAUUCGUUGGGGGAACACUGAUAGAAAUGUACUGUAAAUGCCAAGACCUAAGGGCUGCUCAAAUGGCAUUUGACGAAGUAAAUGAACCUGAUACGGCAACAUGGAAUGUUUUGAUAUCAGGAUAUGCUCAUUGUGAUCAGAUUGAAAACAUCCAGGAUCUUCUGCAAGAGAUGAAAAGAUAUGGUUUUGACCCAGAUGUAUAUACAUGGAAUGGUAUUCUUGCAGGUCAUGUGGAAAAUGGCCACCAUGAGUUGGCUUUGCAACUGUUCUCUGAACUUUAUACUUCAAAUUUGAGGCCUGACAUCUACACUGUUGGGAUAAUCAUACCUGCUUGUGCCAGAUUGCCAACAAUAGAAAGAGGCAAGCAAGUUCAUGCACAUUCAAUCCGGAGUGGGUAUGAUACAGAUGUUCACAUUUGUGCAGCCAUUGUGGACAUGUAUGCAAAAUGUGGAAGUAUAAAACAUGCGAUUCAGGCUUACAAUAGGAUCUCAAACCCUAAUUUGGUUUCCCAAAAUGCUAUGCUCACUGCAUUUGCAAUGCAUGGGCAUGGGAAGGAGGGAAUUGAUCUAUUCCAGAAAAUGCUCAGAGAUGAUAUCGUACCUGACCACGUGACUUUCCUAUCAGUUCUUUCUUCAUGCGUGCAUGCUGGAUCUGUUGAGACUGGACAGGAGUUCUUGAACUUGAUGGGGGAGUACAAUCUGGAACCCACAUUAGAGCACUACACAUGUAUGGUUGACCUCCUAAGUCGUGCAGGUAAACUAGAUGAAGCUUAUAAGCUCACUGAGAAAAUGCCCAUGGAACCUGAUUCUGUGGUUUGGGGUGUUUUGCUUGGAGGUUGCAGUAUCUGUGGGAAUUUGGAGCUGGGACAAAUUGUAGCAGACAAACUUAUAGAACUUGAACCAAAUAACACAGGUCAUUACAUUCAAUUGGCAAACUUAUAUGCUUAUGCAGGGAGAUGGAACGAUCUAGCUAGAACAAGACAGAUGAUUAAGGAUAGAGGAAUGCAAAAAAAUCCAGGAUGCAGCUGGAUUGAGGAUAGAGAUGAGAUCCAUGUGUUUCUUGCCGCUGAUAGAUCCCAUAGGAGAACAAAUGAGAUUUAUGGAACUCUAAAUAAUUUAAGCAUUCAUAUGAAAAAAGUGCCAUAGAAAUAGUGCCUAAUUUCAGAGCAA